AAAAAAAACAGGACAUCCUCCUGCUUCCCUCCACCCCCAACUCUCGUUUUUUCUCAAUCUGAUAACGUGAGAGAGAGAGGAGCCGAAAGGGAAAAAAUGGUGAUAAGACGUACUGUUGAAGCUUUAUCGUCAUCAACCCGUCAUUUCUGAAAACAGUAAAAUGGCGGCUCCUGCAGAGUCACAUGCUCGAUUAGACGGUCGGUUUUGGUUAGAAGGAACACCGUAUUUGGCAGAGGAAAAUGUUGGAGCAGGUGCUUAUGGUGUGGUUUGCAAAGCAAUGGAUACGAGAAAUAAGAAACAAGUGGCAAUCAAGAAAAUCCCACGAGCCUUCACUGCACACACUUUGGCCAAACGAUCAUUGAGAGAAGUUCGAAUUCUUCGUGAGCUGCUCCAUGAGAACAUCAUCGCUGUGUUAGACAUGUUCACUGCAGAGGGCGCUCAUGGAAAGGACAUUUAUCUAGUUAUGGAUCUCAUGGAAACUGAUCUUCAUCAGAUUCUCCACUCAAGACAGACUCUCAUGGAACAACAUUUUCAAUACUUUUUCUAUCAAUUACUUCGAGGAUUGAAGUACCUUCACUCUGCUGGAAUUAUUCAUAGAGACUUAAAACCAUCAAAUCUACUUUUAAAUGGAGAUUGUCUACUGAGAAUCGCCGAUUUUGGCAUGGCAAGAGCUUAUGCUUCUGCGAGUACAGUAAGAGAUGACGCUAAUGUUGGAGGACAUAUGACACAAUAUGUAUCAACACGUUGGUAUCGAGCUCCAGAGAUUUUGUUUUCAAUGGUAGAAUAUGACACAAAAGUGGAUUUGUGGUCAGCUGGAUGUAUAUUUGCUGAAAUGCUACUUCGACGUCAGCUAUUCCCUGGAAAAGAUUCCGUUUCACAGAUAAAAAUGAUUGUUUAUUAUUUGGGAAGUCCAGAAGAAGAGGUUAUCAAUAGGAUAACAUCAGACCUUGUCAGAGAUUCAAUUGAAGCAUGUGGUCGUAAAACUCCUCUUCCAUUUUCUGCAAUAUUUCCGAAAGCUAGUCCAGAGGCGAGAAACAUGGUUUCAUAUCUAUUGCAAAUUUCUCCCUGGAAACGAUAUUCGGCAGAUCAGAUUCUACAACAUCCGUUCAUGGCUCAAUACCAUAAUGAUCAAUACGAACCACUUUGCCCUCCACGUGUACAAGUGGAUGUAGACGCGAUUGAACGAUUCGAGGGAGCUCAAGUGGUUGCUGGUCUCGACGAGGAGGCGAGAAUAUUUGAGAUGCGACGUGGCACAAACUACGACACCAGAAAAACACCCCCUCCAUACCUUGACGAUAAAUCUAACCAAACGUUCGAACCGGAUAAAGAAGGAAAAAUGGGGCCAAGAGAGGAUCCAACUGACUAUUUGGGAGUGAUACGACAAUUUCAGAAAACCAGAGAGCAGAAGGAUGAUGAUAUAUCAGAUUCCGAUGAGACACCAACUAGUCUUUCGUCGGCUGAAACAAUUGAUACAGUUCGAGAAGUUGAACUACAUCGAAAAUGUUCUGAGGAGAAUUACUCAUCGGAUAGUGGAAUGGAACCAUCAACAAGUAAUGCGAAUUUGAUUGUUCAGGAAAUUUUUAAAAAUGGAAUUAAUUGGCCAUUGGAUGUUACAAGUAUUUCUAGUGCUCCACCUAUGUUAUCUGGCGGCAUCCCUCCUUCAAAAAAAUCGAAAAAUCAUCUGGAUCGAAGAAACAUCGACCGAAUACGAGAAGGAUACAGUGAGAAACGACGAUUUAUUCCGAAAAUUCGAGACAAGCGAGCUAGUAGUGAUAGUUCAUCAAAACUUGAUGACAAAGAUCGAAUAGUGAGAUUGCGAAAGUCUCGACAGGAGUUAAGGAAAACCAGUAAAGAUGAUGACCGUGGAGUGUGACAAUGACAAUUUAUCUAGUAUGUAAUAUUUUAAUUCUUCUACUAAUUCUUUUGAUGAUCAGUGAUGAAAUAUGAUAAACGGGUUAUUUUU